GAGAAGUUAGUUACAGUAGCUCGCCCAAUUUUGCCACUAAUGUUUUAUAAUUAAACGUCAAAAAUAAAUUACGAACGAAAUGGCAAAAAAGACAUAUGAUCUUUUAUUUAAAUUGUUACUGAUAGGAGAUUCAGGUGUAGGUAAAACGUGUAUAUUGUUCCGUUUCUCAGAUGAUGCGUUCACAACAACAUUUAUAUCAACAAUAGGCAUAGAUUUUAAAAUUAAGACAGUAGAAUUAGGCGGUAAGAAAAUCAAAUUGCAAAUAUGGGACACCGCGGGACAGGAGAGAUUCCACACAAUCACAACGUCCUACUACCGAGGCGCUAUGGGCAUUAUGCUUGUGUACGAUAUAACCAAUGAGAAGAGCUUUGAAAACAUUGUCAAAUGGUUAAGGAAUAUUGAUGAGCAUGCAAAUGAGGAUGUGGAAAAAAUGAUCCUGGGGAACAAAUGUGAUAUGUCUGACAAAAGGACAGUGUCAAAAGAGCGUGGUGAAACAAUCGCGAGAGAGCAUGGGAUAAGGUUCAUGGAAACGUCGGCGAAAGCAAACAUCAACAUCGAGAAAGCCUUCAAUGAGCUAGCCAAUGCCAUAUUGGAGAAGACAGCAGGAAGAGAACCCGGCGAUCCUGUCGACCGGGUCUAUGUAGACAGAAGACAGCAAUCUAGCACCAACAAAUCCUGCUGUAAUUAGUCUGUUGCAUUUUAAUUUAAAAAAAAAACUUAUUAACCAAAGCUAUUCUACGGAAUUGCCACUGAAAAAUGCGGCGACGCCGCCUCCGACUAGCCAUAAAUGUUAUGCAGAUAUGACGUUUACGUUCCUACCCAGUGAGGUUUAUUUCAACGGGAAAACGAAAGUUUUAAUGUGGUAAAUGGAAAUGUUUGUGUAACUUAAUUAUUACUUCAUAUCGUCUCAUCUUGAAAUUGUUCAUUCCUUUUUAAUUAAUAAAAUAACUACAAUAUACAAAUUCUAUAUUUUUGUUACCCCGUUUAUACCAGGAGAAGUAAUUUAACAGUUUUCCGUGUCCGUUAUAAUCUCGAAACAGUUGUGGUCAGUUGGGGGCAGUUGCCCACUUAUGUGACAAAACAUUCUCACGAUUAAGUCGUUAAGGAAUAGCCACCAAAAAAGUGUAUUAAUUUCUACAAGCUGAUUUCCCGUGAAAUUAAUGCUCAUGUUGUAAAUUGCGUAUGAUCAAAAAAUAUAACUCAUCUUAUGGAAGUCAGUUUCACUCAUCUAAUUACAAUUGUGUUAUCAAAACCAAAAAAAUUAAUAGUUAUAGAGAGCAAAUAAUUCAGAAAAGCAAUAGCUUAUUUUGUGUUAGCCAUAAUUUUAGUUUAUUACCUUUUUGCCAUAUUUUUACUUUAUUAAAUUGUAUUUUU